UAUUAUUAUUAUUAUUAUAAAAAGGAGUACAAGAGAAGGGAAAGGUAAGGGAGCUCUAGAUUUAUAAGGGCGAGUGAAAGAUUCACAUUCCCUCACAAAGUGAAAGAGUAACACAAAAAGCAGGGAAAGACAGAAAAAGAAAGAGGAGGAUUGUUACAAUCGUGAUCUGCCAUCAAGAUGAUCAAGAUACAAAGUGUACCGACAGGAAUAUACUCCGGCGACCCCGUUUGGGAUGAGAAGGGCCAUGGGGAAAUCUGCCAAAUUUUUAUUUCUCAGGAUGCAAAUUGCAUUAAAUGCAUUCAAUUUUAUUAUGUUGAAAAUGGCUCUGCAGUGCUUUCUCCUCCAUAUGGUGAACAUAACAGCCCCACUUUUUACCCUGUUCAAUUUAAUUACCCAUCAGAGUUCCUCACAAGGGUGAGUGGUACAUACACCUACGAUUGUGUCAGGUCACUAACAUUUACUACCAACAAGGGGACUUAUGGGCCUUAUGGUUGCAAAGAACAUGUUAUACCUGGAUACCAGUUACAGGAGUUCAACUUUUACAUGGGAGAGAAUAGGCAAUUUGGUGGGUUUCAUGGAUUAUCCGAUGGGCUAAAGCUCAAGUCAAUUGGAGUGUAUGUCAAACCCAGCGCCACAACACAAACUUCAUCUGUCGAAAUCUACAAGUCCAAAGUGGAUAUUCCCAACAUCUGGCCUUGAGAACAGCCAAAAUUCAGCUUGUUAAUGAAGAAAAUUAGCAAAAUAUAGGAUUAAUUAGUAUCGUACCAUAGUACGAUAUAGCAGCCUUUAAUAGUUUGAUGUAUAUGCUUGUUUGGAAUUGGAUGUUCCCUAUUGAAUAUCUAAGCCUGUUUGGGCCUAGUUUGGCUAA